GUCUAGAUAGUCCCAAGUGCUGAUCGAAAAUAAAUAAAAAUGCAUUUGAACCGGAAUACCGAAGUGAUUGACUCGGGGCUGCUUAAUAUUUAUUCAGCUUGUCACGUUGUUAUAAAGCGGGAGUGUGUGUGCAUUUCUCACCGAUAAAAGUGAAACGGAAAUGUUCACCACUCGUCGUCCGAUAUCGUUGGUGUGGGGCCAAUUUGCUUGAAAGGCCAGUCUAUCAUGUUUAUGGUUUUAAUUAAUUUAAUGCAAUCGUAAAUCCCAUUAGGAUUGAACGCAAACUGAACCAUUUGGCAAAUGAUUAUGUGACAUCACCAUGACAUUUUUCAUAUUAAACUAUCUAUUUGUUUUAUCUAAUCUUUAAGUUGCCUAAUUUGAUUAUUGAAAUUCUCUGUGAUUGAAAAAAAACACAUACUUCUUAACCGGGUUUAUCGUAAAACAUGUCCAAGCAGGAGUGCUCGCAUCCAGAUCCAGACCUAUUUAUCGCUCCGCCGUACUGUAAAAAAAAUGGAAAUCCUGAUGACGACUCGCCCAAGGAUUUCCAACUGCCUGAUGAAGUUUCCAUAUCAAAAGUCGAGGUUUCAAACCCUGGCAAAAUAUUGCAGCUACUCGAAAGUCUCACUGAUGCCUCCACCAGAAAACUGGAGGCAAAACUCAACAGAUACCUAAAAACGGAAUGUGAAGCGAAAUUUUCAUUCAUGAUCAAUCUACACAGCAUCGCAGAAGAAGCGGCCGUUCACGUAAUUCAAGAGCGCAUUCUGGCCGAUAAACUAACGGCUCAACUAACAGACGAAGCAUUUAGCGCAAUUUUAGACUACCAAACGAACAGUCUAACGGCUGGCGCCACCUUAGACCCCAAAAUACAGUUGCUGAUUAGGGAAGUUGUACCUGAAGGAACUGGGGACGUAGUGAUAGUGCCAGUUUUGGCUAGAGAUCGCAAAGAAACAGAAGCGGCCUACCCAGUGAUUCUAGUAUGCAUAGUCAACCCUACGAAAGACAGUGGCUACAUAUCGAAAAUCGUAAGUGAGACAUUUAGAUAUUGCCUUACGAUUAUUCUCAACACACGGGAAUGCGAGGACCAAAGGCGCCUUAAGGCUGAAUGUCAGAAGUUGUUGCUGGUGGCACGAAAAUUGUUUUCUCAUCUUGGAGAUUUAAGUGAUCUGCUAAAGGAAAUCAUGUCUGAAGCGCGUCGCUUAACGAAUGCGGAACGAUGUUCGCUGUUUUUAUUGGAUCCGGAUCACAUGCAUCUGGUGGCCAAAGUAUUCGACGGCGUCAGCCCAGAAGAACGAAGCACUGAAGUGCGAAUUGCCGCUGAUCAAGGAAUUGCCGGACAUGUGGCUGCAACUGGAGAAAUCCUCAACAUAAAAGAUGCGUACAAGCAUCCCCUAUUCUAUAAAGGCAUGGACGAAGCGACCGGGUUCAAAACACGAAACAUCUUGUGCUUUCCCAUAAGGGAUGAAGACAGUAUUGUGGGGGUUGCACAGUUGUGCAACAAAGAAGGCGGCCACUUUGACUACUUCGACGAGCAAGUGGCGAAUGCCUUCAGCAUCUACUGCGGCAUUUCCAUAAUGCACAGCUUGGUCUACAAGAAGAUUCAAGACGCCCAGGCCAGGAGCCGACUGUCUAACGAGCUGAUGAUGUACCACAUGCAGGUGAGCAGGCAGGAUGUACUGGAUGUGACGAUGUGCCCCAGUGAGCACAAAAUGCCCGGAUUUUCCAACUUCAGUUUCACACCGCGCAAAAUAUUGGCAAAAGAAUCGCCAUGCUUCGUAUUGAAAAUGAUGAAAGAUCUGGGCUUUAUCGAUAGCUUCAACAUAAAAGCCGACACCCUAGCACGAUUCAUUUUGUACGUGCGGAAGGGCUACCGAGAUGUUCCGUAUCACAAUUGGUCGCACGCCUUUUCAGUAGCGCAUUUCGCUUAUUUGGCUUUGAAAAAUUUCCAGCUAGUAGAAAAAGGAUAUUUUACGCAACUAGAAGCGUUGGCCUACUUUGUAUCCUGCCUAUGCCACGAUAUCGAUCAUCGUGGAACGACAAACUCGUUCCAACAGCAAUCCAACAGCGUUUUAGCCAGUUUGUACUCGAGCGAAGGAUCGGUAAUGGAAAGACAUCACCUGUCACAAACCAUCUGUACGCUUAAUACCGAGGGUUGCAACUUUUUGGAUUCCCUAUCGAAAGACGACUACGUAAAGUGCUUAGAUCUAAUCAAGGACAUGAUUCUGGCAACGGAUUUGGCCUCACACUACAAGAUCCAUUCCAGACAACUCGCGAUGGCACAAGAAGGGUAUGACAAAAUUAAGCCUGAAAACAGGUUUUAUUUGGCCAGUCUUCUAAUGACCUGCGCUGACUUGUCCGAUCAAACCAAGGACUGGACGGAGACGAAAAAAGUGGCGCAGCUAAUUUAUGCGGAGUUUUUCGCGCAAGGAGAUCUGGAGAAGAAGAUGGGGAAAGAGCCGGCGAAUAUGAUGGACAGGGAAAAAGCCUCCAUACCCGAUCAUCAGCUGGAGUUUUUAACGCAGUGCUGUAUUUGCAUAUUUAGAAUUCUCGCUGCAGUGUUUCCAAACGCCAAAGUCUUAGUAGACGCUAUAAAACAAAACAUUCUCUGUUGGGAGUCUUCGAAGCGCAUUUUCAACAAGCUGUGUGUAGAAGGGGUAACUUCAUACGAAGUCCUGGUAAGCGAAGAAUUGGAGUCUGAAGUUCAAAACACAUUGGACAAUCUCAAUGAUUGACGAGACACAAAAAUAUAUCAAAAGCAACCGCCAAAAGACAUAUAUGUGCAAUAAGCUUCGUAAGCAAAUCAAAAGUAUUGUAGGAAUUAAAAUGUUACCUUUUUA